GCAGCACAAAUACCCAGUGAGAAACUAGUCAACUUGCCUUUGUGCCCCCACCUCCUCCCACUGCUCUGCCAAAAGUCAACGUCCGUAGCAGGUGAUCUGUAAAUCUGGCGGUACGUCCCGAGCACCACCCCCGAGAACAAGAUCUCCGCUGAUCACUUCAACACUGUCAAAGACGUGUCAAAGACUCGGCCAGACAGAUUUAGCAGCAGCCGGAGAAACAGUGUGCAUGAAGGGCAUGUAACACCGGUGAGAGCGUUACUCCUCUGUACCAUCGCUCUGUCAAACACCUUCCAGCGACCAGGCAUCGCUCUGUGAGCUGCACCAUGACCACCGCCACCGCCACUGUGGACAUUUCACUGGAAGAGGACGGCAGCAGCUCAUCGCCCAACUUUGAGAAAGUUGCUCAUCAGGCGUUCAGGGACCGCUGGAAAGAGACGGAUGACACCAUGUGUCGCCACAGCAUGUCCUUCCACCUGCAGCACUCGCUGAGGAGCGACUUCUUCGCCAGCUACCUGUACCUGAUGGAGAAGAUUCCUCUGGUGAAGCUCUUCCCGGUCACCUGCGAGUACAUCAAGGGGGAGAAACAGUUCUACUACCGAGCGCAGCAGUUCUACGAGGACGUGCCCGCCUCGGAGGAGGGCAUGAUGGGAGAUUUUGUGGAGAUCUCCAACGUCGACCUGGAGGGUUCCCGGGAAUUUCUCCAGAGGUUUGUGGGUCCGGGGAAGGCCGGCACACACUGUGCCCUGGACUGCGGCUCCGGGAUCGGGCGCGUGACCAAAGGCGUCCUCCUUCCCGUGUUUGAGAAAAUGGAGAUGGCCGACAUGAUGGAGCACUUCCUGCUGCACGCACACGAGGAGUACCUGGGCGACGACGCCGACCGCAUCGAGACCUACUACUGCUACAACCUGCAGGAGUUCACGCCCCCGAAAAACAAGUACGACGUCAUCUGGAUGCAGUGGGUGGCGUGUCACCUAACAGACAAGGACCUGCUGAGCUUCCUGUUGCGCUGUAAGAAGAGUCUGCGUCCAAACGGCGUCAUCAUCAUAAAGGACAAUAUGGCGCGGCAGGGCUGCAAGCUGGACCCCAUCGACAGCAGCAUCAGCCGCCACCUGGACAUCAUGAAGUGCAUCAUCGCCAAGGCCGGCCUGGAGAUCCUGGCCAUCGAGAAGCAGGACGGUUUCCCGGAGGUCAUCAUGCCCGUCUGGAUGAUCGCCAUGAAAUAGAAGUGACAAGUUUCAGAUUGUUGUUUCUUGAAAACCAAGAGGAAAAUCCAACCUAAAGGCGCAAUUCACAUGUUAUUCCAGUUCUGCUAAAAGUCUUUAUGAUUUGCGAGUAAUUCUCUAAAAACUCCAAUAACAAGGUAAGAAAUCUUCACAAUGUCAUCAGGAGAUAAAUCCUGCCACGGCAGCGUGGACGGGCUGAUGACACCCAGGGUGAUUUUAUGGAGACAGGAGCUUCUUUUUUUCCGUGCUUUGCACUGACAUGAAAUAAAGCUUUACUGGAACAGUAAACUUCUUACAGAAGCACCGUGUGCGUCCACAAAGCCACGCUGUGAUUUAUCGUCCACCAACCACCACCGGGUUUUGUAUGUCGAUCAAACGUCUGAGCCUCAAUUCUCUGUGGGAGAAGUUCGUUCCUGUCGGGAAACACGAGGCUCAUUGGAAUAACAUGUGAAGGUAGAUUUACCGUUGGGUUCGUCCUCUCACUGAAAGUCCACUUGUUGACUAAAUCAACACAUUGUGGGUCAUUGACAAACAACUUUUUCCAGAUCCAGAUUAAAAAACAUCCAAGUGCUAAGAACAAGAGGCACCUUUCAGAAUGUUCAUGCUGUUGCUUCACUUUGCAUUUAGGUUGGACAGAUGUAAAUAUAGAUUUGUGUUGUAAUGUAACAAUGUGUUUUAUACUUUUGCUUGUAAUAUUGCAUUUUUAUAUCAGUGUCGUGUGCAGAUUUAAGCUGAACAUCAAUAAACUGAGCUCUGAA